CCGUUUAUACUUUUCUCCUCCUCCUGAAGCUGCUUUGGUUUUAAACUUGUGAUUCUUCCCUUCCUCUCUUGUCUCUCACUCAGUCGGAUCAGUCUUACAAAUCUGAGCGCUUUUCCGAUCUCUCACAAUGUCCACACCCGCCGAAGACCCUCCGUCCCAAAACGGACUCCAACCCGACCCGACUACAAAUCCGGAAGCCCAACCCGAAUCGCAAACAGUCCUCGUGCCCGAUGCCGAACCAGCACCAGCGCCAGAGCCUGAAUCUAAACCGGAACUACAACCCCGACCCGAAGCGGUGGUGAUCGAAGCUGCAGAUCCGACGGUGGAGGAUGCCAAAGAAACCACGACGCCGAUCCAAUCCAGUUCCGAAGGGACUUCGCGGCCUGAGCUGAAGAAAGACGACGAAGGGAGCCGUACGUUCACAAUGAGGGAGUUGCUUAAUGGCUUGAAAAAUGACCAAGGAAAUGAGACUGCUAAUGAAUCUAGCUCGCCUUACAGUUACAGCCACAGUGAAGAAACCCCACAUCAUCAACAACAAGAGCACAACAAUGCUGCAAUGGAGUUGAUCAAUAGUGUCACAGGCACCGAUGAUGAUGGUCGAUCUCGCCAACGGGUCCUUACUUUUGCUGCCAAGAGGUAUGCUAGUGCAAUAGAGAGAAAUCCAGAUGAUUAUGAUGCACUAUACAAUUGGGCGCUGGUUCUGCAGGAAAGUGCAGAUAACGUUAGUCCUGAUUCUACAUCUCCUUCUAAAGAUGCUUUGCUUGAGGAGGCUUGCAAAAAAUAUGACGAGGCUACCCAUCUGUGCCCAACACUUCAUGAUGCUUUCUAUAAUUGGGCUAUUGCAAUCUCUGAUCGAGCAAAAAUGCGUGGUCGUACAAAGGAAGCUGAAGAACUAUGGAAGCAGGCCACAAAAAAUUAUGAAAAAGCUGUCCUGCUGAACUGGAACAGUCCCCAGGCACUUAACAACUGGGGACUUGCUCUGCAGGAACUCAGCGCAAUUGUGCCUGCACGAGAAAAGCAAUCGAUCGUAAAAAGUGCAAUCAGUAAGUUCCGGGCAGCUAUUCAGUUGCAAUUUGAUUUCCAUCGAGCAAUUUACAACCUUGGAACUGUAUUGUAUGGAUUGGCGGAGGAUACACUAAGAACUGGGGGAUCUGGAAAUCCCAAAGAAGUUUCACCUAAUGAGUUAUACAGUCAAUCAGCUAUCUACAUUGCAGCUGCUCAUGCUCUGAAACCAAAUUACAAUGUUUACACUAGUGCUCUGCGGCUGGUGAGAUCCAUGCUUCCUCUGCCAUAUCUUAAAGUUGGAUAUCUUACUGCACCACCAGUAGGGAAACCAAUUGCACCUCACAGUGAUUGGAAACGAUCACAAUUUAUUUUGAACCAUGAAGGGCUUCAACAGCAGAUCAGCAAAGGUGACCAAAAGCACAUACCCCUAAGUGGCUCUGGAAGAUCAGGAGAUACAGCUAUAAAAGUUAAUAUUCCAGAUAUCGUUUCUGUUUCAGCAUGUGGUGAUCUGACUUUACCACCUGGUGCAGGACUUUGCAUUGAUACAAUUCAUGGACCCGUCUAUCUGAUUGCUGAUUCAUGGGACUUCCUUGAUGGAUGGCUUGAUGCAAUCCGUCUAGUUUACACAAUUUAUGCACGGAGUAAGAGUGAUGUUCUGGCAGGUAUUAUAACUGGGUGAUUUUCUUUUCCUUUAAUUUACCACCAAUUUCUUAAUUUUGCUCCGAGUGAUGUAUAAUUUUUGUAUCAACAACGGCUUGUUCAAAUAAAAUAUGUAUAUUGUAAACUCUGGAUGCGUUGAAUAGCAUUUUUAUCUACAGAAUCAGAGAAGGUUUUUUA